ACCGUUGCCGUCACACCGGACCAUCCUUUGUCAUAAGCUGUUUACUCUAAAUUCAAAACCACUCCCCGCGUGACGAUGUAGAGCGGAGUAGAGGACAAUCAUUCUAGAAUACUUAUAGGUUCGCUGGAAAACGCGGAUGUGAGGAGCACCUGUGUAUACACUGUUUGUAACUGGGCCAAGCCAAAUCAGCUGUAGACGUAUACAGAGAUAGGGCAACAGCGAGCUACAUAUCUUGCACAUAUAGGCGUACAGAUAUACCGGCGGUGCGCUGUGUAAGUCUCUUUAUGCCUGCGUUGUAGAUACCCAGACAUGAAGACCAACGUGUUGAAAAUUCUUACAUUUACUGGCUGUUUCAUCGUGGGUUACCUGAGAGGAGAAACAGUGAACCUGUUGAGGUUGUGUGAAAAUUUUGAAGACAAGGUCCUGAGAGAAGGGGAAGUGGUUACAGUAAACAUAAAUGGAAAUGACUGGCAUUUGGGGAAAACGUCUUGUGAAGUUUCACUCCACUCGUACAACUUCUCAGAGCUUUUGACUUAUAGUUUCAACGAAUACUACAUAGGUCCAAACGAUCGCGGGACAACGAUAACGUUGAAGUUUAUUGAUUCAUCCGUAAUUAGAGAGACCGAAUAUUCGAAAUCGAGUCGGUUUCAUCCACAAAUUGGCAGGAAGUAUGGAGGUCUGCCCGAACUACAAAUAAGAGUAACCAGAAGAUCUGAAUUUGACACCGAUAUACGCGCCAGUAUAGAUGUGGCAAUAAAAGGUGACGAUUACCUGAUGCCACACACACACACAGUGUGGCUGACUGCCGGACAACUUGCAGGUAUCGUGUUAGGCAUUGCAUUGUUGAUCGCUGUCAUUAUUAUUGUGGUGGUAUGCGUCAUUCUGAGAUCGAAACGGCGUUCAGGUGCCGGAAUGGUUCCGGGCGCUGGACAUCCUCAUGUUACACACCAAGUGGUUCCACAAGGUUAACCGAAUGUUAAUGUACCGAUGACAGAUGGAUAUCACGCCAGCCAACCAACCUACCUACCUACCUAAAACUGUCUAUCACAGACUACGUUCGAGCAGCAAACAAUAACUCAGUAUUUACUUUUUUUCGCUGUUCGACUCUCAAUUUAAGGAUAUUUUUCUUUUUAUGAAAUAUUUUAUAAUAAAACUUUUCACGUUUUGUGCCUACUUAUUUUAUAAAAAAAAUAAAA